AUGGCGGAGAUUAAAAUCGACAGCAAGGCUUUCCACGAGCGCGUUACGCGCCUUGCGGGCGCCUGGAAGAACGACCUGCGAUCCAAGGAUGGCAACAUCUUCCAUGGCGCCUCGUCCAUCGUUGUCAUGAUGGGCAAGGUGGAGGAGACACCCGAGCUGCACAAGAACAACGCCAUGCAUUUUUGGCUUCUUGGCUACGAGUUUCCUACGACGAUGAUGUUGCUGACGACCGACAAAAUAUACAUUCUGACGACUGCGAAGAAGGCGAAACAUCUUGAGCAGCUGAAGAACGGUCGAUUCCCGCUCGAGGUUCUCGUUCGAGGCAAGGACGCAGCCGAGAAUGAGAAGCUGUUUGUCAAGCUUGCCGAAGUCAUCAAAACUUCGGGCAACAAGGUUGGCACCAUCGCCAAGGACACCUCCAAGGGCCCCUUCGUCGAGGAGUGGAAGAAGGUCUUCGCCGACCAGUGCAAGGAUGUCGAAGAGGUCGACGUUUCCCAGGCACUUUCCCAACACGCCUUCUCUGUAAAGGACGAAACCGAGCUCCGAGCCAUGCGAACUGCGUCCAAGGCCUGCGUCGCCUUGAUGACCCCCUUUUUCCUCGAGGAAAUGUCGGACAUUCUUGAUAAGGAGAAGAAGGUCAAGCACAGCGCAUUGGCAGACAAAGUCGAUAAGAAGCUCGAUGACACCAAGUUCUGGAAGACGGUCGAGCUCCCCAACAAGACCAAGCUUCCUCAGGACCUCGACCCUGCACAGCUGGACUGGGUUCUGGGUCCGCUAGUGCAGAGCGGUGGCAAGUACGAUCUGAAGAUGAACUCAGAGAGUAACGACGAUAUUUUGCAUCCCGGCACUAUUGUUGCUGCUAUGGGCCUGCGCUAUAAGUCGUACUGCUCUGCCAUCGCUCGUACCUACCUGGUGGAUCCGAACAAGUCGCAAGAGAGCAACUACAAGCUUCUCUUCAAUAUCCACAAUAUGAUCCUCAAGGAAGUUCGUGACGGUGUCGUCAUCAAGGAGGUCUACAACAAGGCCCUGAGCAUGAUCAAGGCCAAGAAGCCUGACCUGGAGAAACACUUCCUGAAGAACGUCGGCUGGGGCGUCGGCCUGGAGAAUAGGGACCCGACCUUGAUCCUCAACGCGAAGAACUCACGAGCACUGAAGGACGGAAUGACUCUUGUCAUCACGACCGGCUUUAGCGACAUCGAGAACCCCCAACCCCAGGACAAGAACAGCAAGAUCUACUCCUUGGUCAUUACCGACACAAUUCGUGUCACGGCAAGUGAGGCUGUUGUCUUUACCGGCGAGACUCCUAUUGAUGCGGAUUCGAAUUCCUUUUUCUUCAAGGACGAGGAAGAGGCCCAGCCGACGCCAAAGAAGGAGAAGAAGGAUUCUCGAGUUGGCGCUGUUGCCACGAAAAAUAUCACUUCUACGAGGCUGAGAUCUGAGCGAACCACAACCGUCGAUGAUGACGCGGACAAGAGGCGUCGCGAACAUCAGAAGGAGUUGGCCACAAAGAAGCAGAAGGAAGGCCUCGCGCGUUUCUCCGAGUCUACCAGCGGGCAGAACGGCACCGAGGUGAAGAAGUUCAAGCGUUUCGACUCGUACAAACGUGACAACCAGUUCCCCCCCAAGGUCCGCGAUCUGCAGAUCGUUGUCGAUGCGAGAAACGACACGGUCGUUUUGCCCGUCAUGGGCCGGCCUGUUCCCUUCCAUAUCAACACGAUCAAGAAUGCGAGCAAGAGUGACGAGGGUGACUGGUCGUUCCUGCGAAUCAACUUCCUGUCUCCUGGUCAGGGUGUAGGUCGGAAAGACGACCAGCCUUUUGAGGACGCUUCGGCUCAUUUUGUCAGAAGCUUGACUUUCCGUUCCACAGAUGGUGAUCGCUACCAAGAAAUUGCGACCCAGAUCUCGAACAUGAAGCGGGAUGUGAACAAGAAGGAGCAGGAGAAGAAAGAGCUGGAGGACGUUGUCGAGCAAGACAAGCUUGUCGAGAUAAGAAAUCGUCGUCCCGCCGUGCUUGACAACGUCUUCAUCCGCCCCGCGAUGGAAGGCAAGCGGGUUCCUGGCAAAGUGGAAAUUCACCAGAAUGGUAUCCGCUACCAAUCCCCGUUGAGCACCCAGCAACGUGUCGACAUUCUGUUCUCAAACGUCCGCCACCUCUUCUUCCAGCCAUGCCAGCACGAGUUGAUUGUCAUUAUUCAUAUCCAUCUAAAAGAUCCCAUCAUGGUUGCCAACAAGAAGAAGACCAAGGAUGUUCAAUUCUACCGGGAGGCAACGGACAUCCAAUUCGAUGAGACGGGCAACCGCAAGAGGAAGUACCGUUACGGUGACGAGGACGAGUUUGAACAGGAACAGGAGGAGCGCCGGCGCCGCGCCGAACUUGACCGCCUGUUUCAAGGCUUCGCCCAGAAAAUGGCCGAGGCCGGAAAGAACGAGAACCUCGAGGUGGACGUGCCUAUAAGGGAUCUCGGCUUCCACGGCGUGCCGUUCCGAAGCAACGUCUUUAUCCAGCCUACUACCGAGUGCCUAAUCCAAGUCGUCGAACCGCCGUUCAUGGUCAUCACCCUGGAGGACAUCGAGGUUGCCCAUUUGGAACGUGUCCAGUUCGGUCUCAAAAACUUUGAUCUCGUAUUCGUCUUCAAAGACUUUACACGGCCACCGUACCACGUCAACACCAUUCCAGUUGAAUUCUUGGAUCACGUCAAGGAAUUCCUGGACUCCUCCGACAUUGCCUACUCCGAGGGUCCUCUCAACCUGAACUGGCCGACGAUCAUGAAGACGGUCACGGCCGAUACCCAUCAGUUCUUCAUCGACGGAGGUUGGUCCUUCUUGCAAGCCGAUUCCGACGACGAGGAUGCGGGAUCUGAGGAACAGGAGAGCAACUUCGAGAUUGAAUCCGACGAACUCGAAGAGGCUUCGGAGUCGAGCGAAGAGGAUUCUGACUUCGGCUCCAACGUUUCCGACGAAGAGGAUGACGCCGAGAUGAGCGACGAAGACGAGGGCGAGGACUGGGAUGAGCUUGAGGCCAAGGCCAAGAAGCGUGACCGCGAGGAUGCCCGCGGCGGUGUCGACGAAGACGAGGCCCGCGGCCGCAAGAAGCGGAAGCACUAA